CUUUUAAUUGCCCUUGUCUUCAACGAUCGGGAAAGAAAAGGGGCAUACAAACGGACGAGCUUAUGAACGAUCAUAGUGAGGGGGAAAACACGAAGGAAACACGAAAAAUGGGAGGGGUUCGAUGGUUCUUCAACAAUCGGUAGGGUGGGCGUCGUUAGAGGCCGUCGUAGGUGUCUGGCUCGACCGGGGAAGAGAGGAGAGGGAAGGAUUGCAGCGGCUAAUCCGGAAGCCCUAACCGAUCGCGAAGAGGGAGAAGGGACGAAGGCAGCGAGGCCUUCUCUUUCUCGUCUAGCGAUUUCAGACCCAUCGCACUCGAGUGGCGAGCUCCGGUGGUCGACUAGACCGAAGAAGGACGUGGGCAGAAGCAGUGACACUGCUUUGGGGUUGGCGAACGGGAGUGAGAAGCGAGGGCAAAGGAGGUAUUGGUCCUUGGGUCGGUCGCAAAGAUGAAGAGGCGUUUGGUCGACGAGAAGGAGGACACUUGGCCUGAUGGAGCAAGGCAAGUGGAAACAGAAGCACCGAUGGGGGUUUUGGCAGUGGUGCUCGAUAGAAGAAGAAGAACGAAGCUGCGGUGGUUCACGAAGAGACAGGGAAGAUGAAGAACGAAAUGAUGGAUGCAAGCUGUUUUGUUCGAUUCUUACAGUUUUAGUAUUUCUUUUUGGUGUGGCAUCUGAGCUUAUAAAGGCUAAUUUGGAGCCAACUCUUGAACAAUACAGACCAAUGGUGUUGUCCUCUUUGUCAUUUUCCAAGUUUACCCUCGGCACGGUGGCCCCUCAGUUUAUAGGAGUUUCUACUGUUGAAGAUGGAGGUGAAGGAAUAACUAUGGAGUUGGAAAUGAAUUGGGAUGGAAACCCUAGUAUAAUACUUGAUAUCAAGACUAGACUAGGAGUUGGAUUGCCUGUGCAGGUGAAGAAUAUUGCAUUCAUUAGGGUUUCUAGGUUGAUUUUUAAGCAAAUAAUAAGAUGA